AGAUAGUCCGUGAACUACGUCCACUGCCGCGGCGCGGUUAAGUCGACAUUCACCAUUUAAAGAGUGAUUCAGAUUUUCGUUAGUCUGCGUCGGUGACUCAACCAUUUACCUUAUUCUGCUGAUAUCGUAUGACUUCAAGCCUUUUUACUGUGAUGCUGAUGAACCGCGGCCUUCCUAUCGGCGAUGAUUCCAGCAACUCCAAUGAUGACGAAAUGGGAGAAGAGGUUUCCUCAAGUCGCGGAUUAUCGGAAGAUAGUUGGGGUAGUGAUGGAAUGAAGCCGGCUACAACGUUUGAGGAAAAUGAUCGUCUAGCUAGGGAAAGACUCAUAAACCUUUAUCCACGUGCAGAAUACAAGCGCUUGCCACGAGCUUGGAAUAAAAAUGACAAGUACCACUUUUUGGAUAUCUCACACAGUUCACUUCGAGUAAGCUACAAAGGUAAUGGUAAACAGCAACAAAAAGAUGCGGCAUCGACACGUGCGGAUUACCCAAUCCCUCCACAAUGUGGUGUUUACUACUUUGAGAUUACCAUCGUUCGCGGUUUGAAAGGAUGCAUGGGUGUUGGAAUCUGCGGAAAGUCCGUGAAUUUGAAUCGAUUGCCAGGAUGGGAUCGAUAUUCAUAUGGUUACCACGGCGAUGAUGGCAAUUUCUUUUCGUUUUCUGGUAACGGAGUGGCUUAUGGCCCGAAAUUCACCACUGGUGAUGUGGUCGGAUGUGGUGUGAAUUUGGUAAACAAAACGAUUUUCUUCACCAAGAAUGGUGUGCAUCUGGGCAUAGCCUCGCGGGAAGUGGAACACAUCGAUGAUCUCUACCCCACCAUUGGCCUGCAAACCACUGGCGAAGUUGUGGAUGCGAACUUUGGCCAAAGACCUUUUCGGUUUGAUAUACGACCAGAAAUGGAGGCAGCUCGCGUUAAGGUUUGCGGUGAAAUUCUUGCCGUGCAGCUACCAUCAGAGAAGACUGAUUGGAUGAAUAAGCUCGUGUCGUCAUGGAUGGCUUGCGAAGGCCACAGCAAAUCGAUGGCUUCGUUUUGUAAUGCCGCAAAACUGGUGCCUGAGGAAGGCGAGCAGAGCAUUGAGACUAGAAAAGAGAUAGUUGCUCUUGUACUAUCAAGACGCAGUGCUGAGGCCAUAUCGCGUAUGGAAGAUGCUUAUCCUGAUAUAUUUGUAUUGAAUAAGAAUAUUGCUCUUGUUCUCAAGUGCCAACAGUUUGUGGAAAUGGCUGCGGAAAUCGCGAAACAAGAUGCUUUAUCGAAACCGGUGACAAUCUCCAGUUCAAAUGGUCAAUCUUUACCAUCUUCGAUUGUUAGCCCCAGAUCUGCGCUCAAUUAUCCAACGAAUCCUCAUAAACGCACAUACGGUAAGUACGCAGAUUCUCAAGCUGAAGACAUCGAAGCUCCACCUGCUAGACGAACCCCACCGUUUGCUGACGAAGAUAUGCCAGUGCCAGCUGAUAUGCAAAUGGAACAAGAACCAUGCAGCUCUUCUGAGGUUGUGCCAGCGGCCCGUAAUGGUCAAUCCUCAGAAGAUGUUAAGAAUGGAGCAGGCUCUGCUGACGGUGGAUCCAUCGACGAUGGUGUGAUUCUUGGUGGUGAUGGGGAUCCCACAAUAGUUGAAGAGGAGAAUACUGAAGACGAAGAGGAUGCUGAAGUUGAAGAUGGUAUCCGCCGUGCCGAAGAAGCAGCCGCUUGUGCUGUUGAGUACCAAAAGUACAACGAAGUGAUCGAAUUUGGACGUUCUAUCUAUGCAUUAUCUCUUCAAAUUCCUAACCUCAGUGGAGAGACAAAAGCACUAUUGAACGAUUCAUUGGCUACCAUAUGUCUUUUGGAUCAUGCACAGUUUGAAUCACAUCAGCUUUUGAGUGAAGAACAUUUACAAGAUCUAGCGAAGCAGACGGCAGCAGCUAUACUAGAAUUUGGCGGACGCAGCCCACAAUCACAACUAUCUCGAUAUUUCCAUCUAUGGGCAAAAAUGCAGUCUGAACUAGCGUCCGCAAAGAUACCGCACUGUGCAUUUACUGACGUUACACAGCUAGUUUUUGGUGCAUCUCCACCCCCUUCUACAUUUCCAUCAUCAAGUGCGGUACCGCCACUUGCGGACGAUAAUAACAUGGUUGUUGGUUGAUUUCCCGAGAAGUUGUGUGUUAGCUCUUGCAAGGAGAAUCUGGCAACUUGUUCAAUCAGUAGUGUCCUUGCUUUGAUCGAUUUAUCUCAGUAUUAUUGAGCAUAGACAUCAUUUGGACAAAGUUUACCAAUGUUUUUCUAACAAAUAUCUUGACGAAGUCACAUUAGAAAUUGUUCAGUUUUCUAAUUUUCUGUGUAUCAAUGCUCUAGUGCAUGUUAUUUGGUGUUGAUAUUGUACAAAAGCAUUUUUCAGUUAUUUCUCAUGUUUCGCUAGACAUUUUAAUUUCAUGCUGCACUAAUACCUUCUAGAUCAAUAUGCCCUUCUUUCUUUCUUCAACGACGUGUGUUAUAUCUUUAGAAGAAAAUUGCGCACCAUAA